AUAGAAGAAUUUUAAAAAAUGAUGUAAGAAAACUAUGAAAAAAUGUAAUUACACCGAACUGAUGUGUCUGAAGUUUUUUAGGCCGAGUUUCUAUUUUAUAAGAAAUUUCUAGGAUUCACAAAAUUUGGCAACAGCGAAUAGGCUCGAAUUAAACUAAAUAAAUAACUCUCAAGAAUGGAGUAGGGGUAGUGUUUUUGUUUUUACUCUUGUUUAUUCUCUGACAAGACUGGAAUCAAAACAAACGAACACGUGUUAUAGGUUUGUUGGCGGGAAAAUCAUUGUUAUGACGCAUGCGCAUUAAAAUUAAACGAACAAUUUUCCUCAUAUUUCAUUUGCGCCUCAACAUUUGUUCUAUUAUUUUUCCCGAAUCUUUAAUUCCAAUUUUUUCUGCACAGAAUCGAAUCUCGAGAUGUGUCAACUAAACGUUUUUUUUUUAACUUUAAACACGUGGGAUGCAAAAAAGGUUAAGGAUCGAGCAAGAAACGAAGGGAUGAAAGGGAGUAAAUCUAUAAAUAUUUAUGCACCAUGACAAUCGAGUUUAAGGUCCUUCCUGGAAUUAUUAUUCGUCGCGCGAGGAAUUUAUUCACGUGAAAUUAUUUCAGAAUUAUUGAUCUCGAUCAAUUGUCUUUUGACGUUCGAACGUCACUUUUGACAGGUGACACUUCGACUGACGUUCGAACGCGAAAUACUCGACGAUCGUCUCCGACACUCGCAACGCGCGUUAUUUACGAGAUUCGUGCUCGCACUUUGACACGCAGAACGAUAAACAAUAAACGGGGGGGAGAGCAGCUCCCCUUUCUUAUCGGUGCUCUCAUGAUUACGAAAUUGCCGGAUCCCGAUGUUUACUCUAUUGAGGAAAAUGACGCACAAUGGACUUACGGUCCGCUCUGUCCAUUCUGCUGGAUCUUACGAGGAAGCUAUAAAAGUGCUAUGCACUUUACAAAGCAACGCAGCAUACUUACAAUCUGUAAAACAUGAUGUGAAUAAUCCUGAGAAAUUGAAAGAGAUGGAGAAAUAUUUACUCCGAUCUGGCAUCACUCUGGAGCAGCUGGACAGCUUGUCCGUCAUCCACGUGGCCGGUAGCAAGGGCAAGGGUUCAACCUGCGCGUUCACGGAGGCGAUUCUGCGUCAGUAUGGCUUCAACACCGGCUUCUUCAGCUCGCCGCACCUGGUCUCCGUCCGGGAACGCAUCCGCUUGAACGGCGAGCCCAUCAGUCAGUCUCACUUCACCCGCUUCUUCUGGGACGUCUAUCAACGCCUGGAGCGGGAGCGGGAACGCGAGUCCGACAUGCCGACAUACUUCAAGUUCCUCACGAUCCUCUCGUUCCACGUGUUCCUCAAGGCGAACGUCGACGUGGCGAUCCUCGAGGUCGGCAUCGGCGGCGAGCUGGACAGCACCAACGUCGUGAGAAAUCCGGUCUGCGUGGGCGUGACCAGCCUGAGUCUCGAGCACACCCUGUUGCUGGGCGAUACCCUGGAGAAGAUCGCUCAUCAGAAGUCCGGGAUCUUCAAGGAGCGCGCCGCGGCGUUCACGGUGCCGCAGCCAGAAGUGGCGAUGCGCGUCCUGCGGAAGCGAGCCGCGGAGAGACGCUGUCGUAAUUUGCAAGUGGUCCCCGCGACCUGGACAGAGUGGAACGACGUCUUAUCCUCGGCGGGUCUCAACGACGUGCAGCGGCAGAACGCCUCGCUGUCCAUCAACCUGGCCCUAGAGUGGAUCAAGCGGCGAUGCGAGAAGCCACCGUUGAUCCUCGAUGGUUUUCGCGAUAAUCUUCGGAGCGAGAAGCUCGACCUGUCUCGCGCCGGUUAUCUGACCAAGGUCGCGGCGGCGGUGAAGAGCUGCAAGUGGCCGGGUCGCAUGCAGAUCCUGAGGACCAGCAUGGCGGACUUCUUCCUGGACGGCGCGCACACCGUCGAAAGCGUCGUUAAUUGCAUCUCGUGGUUCGAGGGAGCCAGCCGAAAGACCUCCAGGAAGUUUCUGGUGUUCAACACCAGCGGCGACCGGAACUCCCUGCAAUUGCUGAGGAUGUUGAAGCCGCUGGGUUUCGAUAGGGCUUACUUCGCUCCGAAUUGCGUCGGGAUUCCCGGCACGGAGGACAUGAACUCGAUGAGUUACUCGCAGGGUAUGAUGGACGAGCAGAGGAGGAACUGUGAGAAACAUUGCGAGUCGUGGGGCGAGAAUUCGGUACUGAAGAACAACGUCACCGAGGUCCUCCUCGACGUUAAAAGGCAGGCGUCGUCGAAAACGAGCAGGAACGAUAAGAUUGAGAUACUCGUAACGGGUUCCUUGCAUAUGAUUGGCGCGGUGUUAACCAUCUUGGAUCCUAACUUGACAAUGACCAGUCAUUUUUGACGUAACGAAGUGCAAUUAAAAAAAAAUUUGUUUAGACA